AUUCAGUAGCCUUCGCGCAGUCCACUACAGAAGUGCACGAUGAGAGUUCUGAUCCUAGCCGCCGCCUUCCUCGCCUCCGCCGCAGCCGUUCCCUCGGGAGCGCUGCUGGCCGGACACUACAGCCACGGACUCGUUGCCCACGGCCUCGGAGCCCACGGCCUCGCAGCCCACGGCCUCGGAGCCCACGGCAUUGCAGCCCACGGCAUCGCAGCCCACGGCCUGGCCCCUGCCGCCCCCACCAUCUCCGCCGGAGACAUCCACGGCGCCGCCAUCGACGCUCACGUUGAGGCCUCGGACCACGUCCGCGCCGCUGCCGACGCCGCCCGUGAACAGCACGACCAGGCCGCCGAGAUCCACGGCCAGGCCGUCAACGCCGCCGUAGACCACUCCUGGCAGGCGGUCGACGCUGUCAAGACCGUUGAGGCUAAGCUGGACGGUGCCGCCGCCGGAGCCGCCCCCGUUCUUGCCAAGCAACUGGUCGGUCACGUAGCCGCCCCCGUGGUCGCCCACGCUGCCUAUGGCGCCGCUCCCGUUGUCGCCCACGCUGGUUAUGCCGGAGCUCACGCAGCUUAUGGCGCUCCAGUGUUCGGACAUGCCGCGUACGCCGCUCCCGCCAGCAAGACUGUGGUCUCUCAGUCUCUGACCCAGUCCCAUCCCGCUCAGAUCGCGCCUCUGCUCGCCUACGCCGGUCACGGUCUCGACUAUGCUCACGGUCUAGACUAUGGUCACGGACUCGACUAUGCUCACGGACUCCCCCACGGACUCCCCCACGGACUCCCCCAUGGACUCCCCCACGGACUCGCUCACGGAUGGUAAACUGUGAUAUUAACUUUAGACGCCAAAUUACCUAAUACUCAUUUCUGGAAUUGUAAAUAAUUUAAAAAUAUACAGGCAAAUGGAGGCGAGGAUGUGUGUGAAUAAAUGAAAUAGUAAUUUUAUUAUACAAUAACAUA